AGUCUCUUGCACUCUGGUCAAUGCACUCGCUCUUGUGGGCUCAGCAGUUUCGGGCAAGUGCCGGCUCAGCGCAACACAGAGCCACACAGAGGGCAGGCAGAGCAGACAGCGAUCGGCGAUCAGUAUGAAAUCCGAACAAUGACGGCGAUCAACACAUUUGUGACCAUGUGGCGGUUCCUGCUGACCCUUGGUCCCUCGGCCAUGGUCAUACUGCUGCUGAACAAGGGCAUCCUGGAGCAGAGGCCGGAUAUUGUGGAUGAAGAGCAUCGGGUGCGCUCCAUACGCAUCGAGGAGCUGCGCCAUUCGUACGACUUCAUUGUGGUGGGGGGCGGAUCGGCGGGCUGUGUGCUGGCCGCUCGCCUGUCCGAGAAUCCGCACUGGAAUGUGCUGCUGCUGGAGGCUGGCGGCGACGAGCCGCUGCUGAUCGAUCUGCCGCAGAUGUAUCCGGUGUUCCAGCGCAGUCCCUGGGACUGGAAGUAUCAGACGGAGCCCUCGGAUCGCUACUGCCUGGCCAUGGAGGAUGGUCGCUGCUUCUGGCCGCGCGGCAAGGUGCUCGGUGGCUGCAGCUCCAUCAAUGCCAUGAUGUACAUCCGCGGCAAUCGGCGGGACUACGACCACUGGGCGGAGCUCGGGAACACCGGCUGGGAGUACUCGAAUAUUCUGCACUACUUCCGCAAGACGGAGGACAUGCGGGUGCCGGGGUACGAGCACAAUCCCUACCACGGCCAUGGCGGACCCAUCUCGGUGGAGCGCUACCGCUUCCCCUCGCCACUGCUGGAGAUCUUCAUGCAGUCCGUCCAGCAGCUGGGCCUGGCCCAUCCCGACGGCGACUUCAAUGGCCGCACCCAGACCGGCUUCGCCCCACCCCACGGCACCCUGCGCGACGGCCUGCGGUGCAGCGCCAACAAGGGCUACAUGCGCCGCAGCUGGCAGCGCCCCAACCUGGACAUUGUGCUGAAGGCAUUCGUGGAGCGGCUGCUCAUCGAUCCACAGUCCCGCCGCGUGCUGGGCGUCGUCUUCGAGUACGGCCUGGGGCGGUACACGGUGCGGGCCACGCGGGAGGUGAUCCUUGCCGCUGGGGCACUGGCCAGUCCGCAGCUGCUGAUGGUGAGCGGCGUGGGACCCAGGGAGCAGCUCGAGCCGCUGGGCAUUGAGGUGGUGCAGCAUCUGCCCGGCGUCGGCGGCAACCUGCAGGAUCACAUCUCCACCUCGGGCGCCAUUUACACCUUCGACGGCCAUCAGGAGCGGCAUCUGUCCUUCCUGGUGCCGGAGAUGCUCACCGAGGAGUCGGUGGCCGCCUUCCUGCGGGGCGCCCCCAGCUUCUUCUAUGCGAUGCCCGUCAGCGAGGUCAUGGGAUUCGUGAGCACCCGCUACCAGGAUGCCGGACUCGACUGGCCGGACGUGCAGCUCUUCCUGGGCAGCUACGGCUACGGGGCUGAUGGCGGCAUGGUGGGACGUCGUGGAGCGGCCAUCACGCUGGAGAACUAUGCGGAAGCCUUCGAGCCGGUGCUCUAUCAGGACUCGUUUGUGAUUGCGCCGCUGCUGAUGCGUCCCCGAUCGCGUGGCUUCGUCCAGCUGCGCUCCGCGGACCCACGCGUUCAUCCGCUCAUCCAUGCCAACUACUAUGACGAUCCCCGCGACAUGGCGGUCAUGGUGGAGGGCCUCAAGAUGGCCCAUCGCCUCACCCAAACGCCCGUGAUGGUGGCCCUCAAUGCCACGCUGAACAUCUACGAGUGGCGCAACUGCCCCGAGGUGGAGUACCUCAGCGAUGCGUUCUGGGAGUGCCUGGCCAGGUUCUACUCGCAGACCAUCUACCAUCCGGUUGGCACAUGCAAAAUGGCACCCGCCCACGAUCCCUCGGGCGUCGUGGAUCCGCGCCUGAGAGUGCGCGGCCUGCGUGGCCUGCGGGUGAUCGAUGCCAGCAUUAUGCCCACCAUACCCACGGGCAACACCAAUGCCCCAACGCUGAUGCUGGCCGAACGCGGUGCGGAUAUCAUUAAGGAGGACUGGCGGCACUACCCCAAUGGUGGCUGGUAGGAAUCUGGCAAUCAAUAAAGAACUGAAACCUGAAAACUGA